AUGAUACUGUGGCAAUUUGCGAUGAUUUUUUGCACUCAACAAAUCUUUCCCGUUUUCUACAAUUAUACGCCGAAAAGAAAUUGUGAAAAUUUUGAUAUUUAUGCAAAUGAAUCCUCUUGUUCAAUGUCGAAAAAAGAUGAAUGUAAAGCGUUGAAAGAUUGCGAAGAAAUUCGACUUCUUAAAGAGCCACCAUUUCAUUCAGCUGUUGAGGAAUUUGACCUUUUUUGUGAUCACAAAGCUUACUAUGCUACUGUGGUUUCUACGUGUCAAUUCCUUGGUGUACUCUUUGGAACGGUAAUUUAUGGACAUUUGGGUGACCAUUUUGGGCGACGAAUGGUUUCUUUUCUGGGAAUCACAAUUGGAAUCCUUUUUGCGAUGGCAAGCGGUUUAUCUCCAUCAUGGCCAGUUCUGGCAGUUCUUCGCUUUAUUGUCGGCUCUUCAAUCGCCUGUGUGCUUGUCGUUUUUUAUACUUUCAUUUGUGAAUUAAUUCAGCCGAAUCAACGCGUUUUUCUUCGAGCUUUUUUCAAUUGGGGUUACGCCAGACUAAUCUUUACUCUAAUUUGUUUUAUCUGUGACCAUUGGAGGAGUGCAGCCAUAGCUACGGCGGCAGUAGUGAUCCCUGUGCCACUGGCUUGUUUAUUCAUUCUUCCCGAAUCUCCCAAAUGGUUGAUCUCAAAGGGGAAACCAAAAGAGGCUAAAAUUGCUGCACAGAAACUUCAAAAGUUUGCCAAUGAGGUCACACUUUUUACAGAAGAUUUGCAACGAGAAAGUUCGAAUCAACAACAUAUUUACACGAUGAAAGAUCUACUCAGUGAUCGAAAAAUUGCAAAAAGAGCAGCUGUUCUCGGCAUUUUGUGGUUUAGCACAAGCCUGAGCGCGUUCGGCUCCGAUCUAAACUCGAGGAAUUUGGCCGGGAAUUUUUAUGCAAAUCAAUUCGUUUCUGGAGCUGUAACUGCUUUGGCAAAAAUUUUUAUCUUCAUUUUCGAUGAAAAGUUACCGACUUUUGAUCGAAGAAAACUUUACUACAUUCCGCAGAUCUUAAUGAUUUCAUGUUAUGCUUCGAUUAUGGUGUUGAUGAUUUUUGUGAAAGAGGACGAUUGUGAUGAAGAUUAUUGGGCGAAUUGGGGUGUCAUUAUCCUGAAUAUCAUCGGUGUUUCUUUAAUUGAGAUCACUUGGGAUGCUUGUUAUUUGGUGGCUGUCGAGUGUUUCCCUACAGAAAUACGAACGAUUGGCAUAGGCACUUGUUCAUUGCUGGCACGGUGUGGAGCUUUACUAGCGCCACAAAUGGCCUAUCUCUCAUCGGUUGCUCGAUGGGCUCCCUAUGGAGUUGUUGUUUCAAUCGGGAUUUUCUCUCUCAUGAUUGGAUUCUUUUUUCUUCCCAACACAAAAGGCGUCGAUCUUGGCAACGUUGACGCUGCAAAUGAUGAUUUUGAGAAAAAAAAUUCGCCACAUCGGCUAAAAUGUGAUUCCCCAGUGCUA